CACAAAACAGGAAUUUUGUGAACAUUUCAUAUUAAAUUAAUAUUUGUGUUUUCAUUCAAAACAAAAUUGAAUUUUUUAUUUGAAUUUAAAAUUUAAAACUGAAUUUAUUGGACACUAUAUAAACCACAAACUGAUUUGGCAUUCAUUCCAGAUUUUAGUGCUCAAGAAGUGAAAGGAAGAGCGAAGAGUAGAGUCAAGAAUUUUAUCCGCAGAAGAAUGUCUCCCUUAAGACGCGAUGGAGUGGUUCCCGAUGUCAUCGAUUCCGUGCCAAAGGAUAAGAUUACGGUCAAGUAUUCCUCCGGAGUUGAGGUAAACUUUGGCAAUGAGUUGACACCGACUCAAGUGAAGGAUAAACCAGUGGUGGACUGGCCGGCAGACAGGAACUCCUACUAUACACUUGUUAUGUCGGAUCCCGACGCUCCCAAUCGCAAGGAACCCAUCUAUGGUCAGGUGAAGCACUGGCUGGUCAUCAAUAUUCCGGGCAAUGAUGUGAGCAAAGGUCAAGUGUUGGCCGACUAUAUAGGGUCCGGUCCCCCACAGGACACCGGUCUUCACAGAUAUGUAUUUCUUGUGUACAAACAGUCGGGUAUCAUCAAUACGACUGAGAAGACUGUGUCCAACCGUUCCCGUGAGGGCCGACUGCAGUGGAAAGUCAGGGAUUUUGCUAAACAACACAAUUUGGGUGAACCCAUUGCCGCCAACUUUUAUCAAGCUCAAUUCGAUGAUUGGGUGCCAAUAUUCAGACAACAAUUUACUGAAUAAUUUAUAAAAGAAAAAGAAAUAAAUAUUUGCAAAUAAAUUAUUAUACAUUUGAAAUAUAAUA